CCCAAUGGGAACGCGAGUGAGCGGGCGGCCGAGCAAGAGCGAACCCCAGGAAGAAAAAUACGUGAUUAAAUAUUUUUUUUAUAUAUGUUCAGCUUUAAUCCGCAGUUUGCUGGCCUCAUCCUGGCUGGGUGUUGGAUCCCGGCCCGCAAGGGAUUCCGAAGAACUUGCGACUCACAAAGGGCUCAUCUUUCUCUUCAAACUUGAGAGCCAAACUUUUCUUAGAAUGUAGGGUGAUUUGUUGUUGCGACCUGGAGGAGUGAUCACGAUGGACAGUGGCAUGGAUGUUAAGAAAAAUGCAACUGAGGGGUUCGGGAACCCCUCGGAAUCUCUAGUGCCUCCCCCCACGGAUUUGGGAAAUGAGGUUGAGGCACCUGUUGACUUUGGAGAAGAUGCUUCCACUAUCCAACAACUGCCCACUUUUCCUGGUGACAACCAAGUUAUCCUGGAGCUUCUAGAUCUGGAUUCAGGGCCCUGCUACCCCGGAGCGGAAGAGAUCAGGAUUAGCUUGGAUGGGGAUGGUGAAUCCGAAAGAUCCUCCGAACCACAAGUUACCACUUCUUUGGAUCCUGAGAUCUCCAGGAAUGGUAUGGAGGAGGGUGCCAAAGCUUCAGCUCAGGAAGAGAACGUAUGCUGGACACCCAAACCAGACCAGGUCUCCGAGGUAGAGAGCAACCUCAAGACCGCUGUUGACCAGGGUGAAAUUCCGAAGGAGGUAGAGGAGAAGGAUGAGGAAGAGGUGAUUCCAGAGCCUGACCAGGCCGAGUUCUUAAAGCUUUUUGCCCGACUGCAGAGACUUAAUCCCAGCUUUCACGACAAGCUGCCCACUUCUGAAGAGGACCUCUUGGCUGCCUCGGACGGCGAGGAAACCCAGGGGUUAGGAGAUGGAGACAGGCGACCCCUCCUUGAGCAUCCUGAGGACCUCCAGGGACCUCCAGACAAAUGUGCCCCUUCUCUACUCCAUGUGGCCACAGGGCAGGGCCUUCGGGCAGCCGCUCAGCACCUCCUGAGAUCCGUCCAGGGACAGAGAAGUGUGGAAUUGCUUUCCUCAGAAACCAACCAGGAGAACCUGCUCAGUCUCCUCCAUUACGAAGGGGGCAUUUCCAUGGAGGAGGAGGAGGAGGAGGACCGGGUAGCCCUGGCCCACUCAGAUUUGAUGACUAGCUGUCAGAAAAUGGAAGUGGAAGGAAGGGCUGUGGUCCCGGAGAAGGUCCCUCCUGAACCUGCCUGUGAUGAUCUGGAAGAGAGAAGAAGGGAAGGACGUAGGCCCAGAUCGAGGGUCCUAAAAGAAUCCACUGGCUUGGAAGGAGCUGCCUCGUCUGACUCCAACUUGGAGGCCCGCAGCUGGGAAGGCUCCCCAGAUCCAGUGGGGGCGCCUGCCCUGAACCGCAUGGAGGAUUCCUCUCCCACCUCCGAUCCAGUGAAUAAAGGCAAUGUGUCAUCUUUCCCACCUUAUAAAGAUGUCCCAGGUCCCUGUGAGCCCGAAGAUCUGUUGGAAGGGGUGAUCUUUGGAGCCAAAUAUCUGGGCUCCACACAGCUGGUUUCCGAGAAAAACCCAUCCACAAGCAUUCGCAUGGCUCAGGCCCAGGAAGCCGUCGAUAGAAUUAAGGCUCCUGAGGGAGAAUCCCAGCCAAUGACCGAAGUAGAUCUCUUUGUCUCCACUCAACGGAUCAAGGUCCUCAGCGCUGACACACAGGAAACCAUGAUGGAUCACCCCCUCCAGACCAUCUCCUACAUUGCUGACAUUGGGAACAUCGUGGUGCUCAUGGCCCGUCGGAAGCUCCCUCGCCGGGCAGAUGCUUCCACCGAAAAACAGCUGUACAAAAUGAUCUGCCACGUGUUCCACUCGUCUGACGCUCAGCUGAUAGCCCAAGCCAUUGGGCAGGUCUUUAGCGUGGCUUACCAGCACUUCCUGCGGGCCAGUGGCAUUGACCCCAGCCAGCUCGGCUCCAUGCAAGACCAGAACGAUGAUGAGAAGGAUCCUGGCCUGAUCGAGGGGGAGGAACUAUAUAAUGGAGACCUGGCUCACUUCUCCAAGCAAGAGAACUGUAAGGAAGUCGUCCUCUCCAAACAGAAGGGCGAGAUCCUGGGCGUGGUGAUCGUGGAAUCCGGUUGGGGAUCCAUCCUUCCCACCGUGGUCAUUGCAAACCUGAUGCACAAGGGAGCAGCCGAGCGAUCCGGCAAGCUGAGCAUUGGAGACCGCAUCAUGUCCAUCAAUGGAACGAGCCUGGUGGGGCUGCCCCUCGCCUCGUGCCAGAACACCAUACGGGAUUUGAAAAACCAGACAGAAGUAACCCUCAGCAUCGUUCAUUGCCCUCCUGUCACUACAGCCAUUGUUCGAAGGCCCGGCACAAAAUAUCCCCUAGGAUUCUCUGUGGAAAACGGCAUUAUCUGUAGCCUCAUGCGUGGCGGGAUUGCAGAACGCGGUGGCGUCCGGGUGGGACAUCGCAUCAUUGAGAUCAACGGGCAGAGCGUGGUGGCCAUGCCGCAUGAGAAGAUCAUCCAGAUCCUUAGCCAAGCGGUCAGCGAGGUCCAUAUCAAAACCAUGCCAGCCUCCACCUAUCGCCUUUUAACUGGCCAGGAGCAGCCCAUCUUCCUCUGAUGGGCCCUGCCUUGGCCACUGGCUUCCUGUGUCUGCUUCGUAAGCUUGCUGCGCUCCCAAAUCUGAAGCCGGCUUCUGGGCUCCGUGCCCCAGAUUCACAAGGGUUUCGUGACUGUUUCCGCCUCACAAACCAUCCAGCCAAGUUUGUUGUUGGUUUCCUUUGCUGGGGACAUUUAACCGGGGUGUGAACGUGGAAGUUAUGCCUGUUGCUUGAGGUUGGCUUCUACACUAGACAGCGAGAGAGAUUGGAGAUUGAACCUUACACUACUGUGCUCUUCCUGACCUAGAAUGGAUGGAUUAGACUCUACCACUUGCAGGGGAGACCUGAACCAAAGUGGGUGGAUUAGACUCUACCACUUGCAAGGGAGACCUGAACCAAAGUUCAGGUUUAGACUCUACCACUUGCGGGGGAACCAAAGUAGAUGGAUUAGACUCUACCACUUGCAAGGGAGACCUGAACCAAAGUUCAGGUUUAGACUCUACCACUUGCGGGGGAACCAAAGUAGAUGGAUUAGACUCUACCACUUGCAAGGGAGACCUGAACCAAAGUGGAUGGAUUAGACUCUACCACUUUCAGGGGAACCAAAGUAGAUGGAUUAGACUCUACCACUUGCAGGGGAACCAAAGUGGGUGGAUUAGACUCUACCACUUGCAGGGGAACCAAAGUAGAUGGAUUAGACUCUACCACUUGCAAGGCAGACCUGAACCAGGUUUAGACUCUACCACUUGCAGGGGAACCAAAGUAGAUGGAUUAGACUCUACCACUUGCAAGGGAGACCUGAACCAAAGUUCAGGUUUAGACUCUACCACUUACAGGGGAACCAAAGUAGAUGGAUUAGACUCUACCACUUGCAGGGGAGACCUGAACCAAAAUGGGUGGAUUAGAUUCUUUCACUUCCAGGGGAGACCUGAACCAAAGUAGAUGGAUGAGACUGUACCACUUCCAGGGGUGACCUGAACCAGAAUGGGUGGAUUAGACUCUACUACUUGCAGGGGAGAGGAAUGGUGCAGGGUGGGAAGAAUUCCUUAUUAUUUUUAAAGUCCUAAAGAUUGCAAAGCAGGUGAAGAUAAAGCUUUAAUAUUUCCCAAGAUGUUCUCUUUUACAGGGCCUUUUUUCCUUAAAAGAAGGGAAAUAUGAAAAUAUAGCAUUUGAUAAAUGCUCUUUGAAGUGGUUCAUUCCAGAAUCCGGUUACUUGACAUUGUUGUCAAGAUCUCCUUGCAAAUUUAAAAGAUUCUCUCCAGCAAGAUUUGGGCUACAGGAGAAAACCUUGUCUACUCUCCCUGGCUGUGUGGGAUCCUACUCCCAAAAUUCAUUUCUGCAGUCAUACAAGUCUGGCCUUUGCCCUUAGAAAUCGGAGCAAACUUACCUGGCGUUUGGAUUUCAAGAUACUGCUGACAAUUCUAUAAGUUGCUUUGGAGCAACUGUAUGAAUUUUUUUUUAAUAUUUAAACUACAAAUACAAACUUCGAGAUGACCAGAAUACUAAAAUUAUUAUUUCCAAAAGUAGAUCAGAGAGGGAGAGAAAGUGAGACAAGGUGCUUUUUUUUUUUAAUUGCUCUCUUCUCUGCACACCAAAGAUUAGAGAAAUGAAUAUUAUUUGCUUUUUUAAAGCAUCUUCUUGCUCUCACUGAGGAAUUGGAAGAGUCGUAAGAGUUGACACCUUUUGGCAAGACAAUCCACGUUAAGCGGCCUUAACUGCUCAGGCAGCUGAAGUUUGAACUUGUUUUGUAAGUGUUAGAAGUAAUAGCAGAAUUGCAAACUUCUCUCCAAAGCUUUCAGAAAUGUCUAGAAAGUCUUAGAAACUGCAUUAAGUUCUGGUUUGUUUUACCGUAUGGGCUAAGCUUGGAUCAGCAACACACAUGUCCUGGCUCCC